GAUUCGUCGUCGUUUAGAGGUUCCCGAUGUCUUGCCCAGUAUGAAUUCGUUGGGGAGCCUGAUCCAGACUUCAUCAGUCUCACGACCAGAAGAAGAAGCAAACCGGCAGCUAUUGCGAAACCAGAGGUUUCACGGUAGAAUUGGGGAUAGAAAUUCUUACUGGCUUAAUCCAGCAUUUGCCACAGCAGCUGGAUAUUUAAAUUUUGAGAUCCCCGUAUCCAUGAAUGUUACAUUAUUAUCCGGAUUUCAUCGACGUAACAGCAACGUGUUGGUUUACGAAGAGAAAGACUCCGUACUGGUUGUCCCAGAAAAACUAGUAUCUGAACCAGUAAAGUUACUAGAGAUGCCAAUUCCAUCUAUCGCUGUACCAUGUCAAAUUGGUGUCGGUCAAGCAUCACAACUGCUUGAGAUAAAUUUGAGGCGAAUCAUAUCAAAACCAGAGUGGCAAGCAGCUGUAAAUAAAAUUGCUAAAGACAUAGUGCCGAAAUCAACAAGAACGGUGGCCACACAGAUCAUCGAGACCAGACUCGCACCUGUUCCAGAACCAGGUUGUCUAAAGUGUAAAGAAAAGGGGCACUCGUUCGAUAAAUGUCCAAAUGAAUUACGAGGGGACUGCUACUGUAUUAAUUGCAGAAGAUUGGGACACACAAACAACACGUGCCCAUAUCACGCCUGGAACACCGAAGGGUACAGAGCAAUGAAACGGUACUGCCAUCACUGUUCAACGCAGUAUCCGUUUGCUAACGACUCAUGUCAAUCCUGCCGGAUACGGGUAGGAAUGACCAAGGCAUCACGGGGUGCGUAUCUAACGUUACCUCCGUAAUAAAACCAGACUAUGACCAGAGUUUAUGUGAAAUUCAAGAAAGUUCAAGAAGUGCUCAACAGAAAACAGUGUGAUAUUAACAAUAGUAUUUUUUAUAUACCGGUUUUUUGUUUAAUUAUUAUUUUUAUUUUUUGUUUAUAUGCAAUUAUUAUUUGAAACUUUCAUUCACAUAAAUUUAAAACCACCGAUUUUGAAAAACGUGAGUUAGUUUAGUUAAUCACG